GGAAAACAUGUGAGCGCUCUGAGGACUUUAGUGAGAGACAACUUUUUUAUUCUUAUGUUGUUUUGUCCCGUGCAUGAACAAACUAUCUUGCUGUGCUCAAAAGGAAUUACGUUUGAAAGGAACGUCAGGCUCUCUGAGUUUUGACUUUUUGUGUUCUUCAGGAUAAAUUCUGUUGCUUUUCUUUUCUAUUCUUAUUUAAAUAUAUAUUUUUUUUCCAUUUUCGAGUUAAACCAUAUAAUCAGAAGCAACGUUAAAUUAGUUUCAACACCUUUCCUCAAAGCAAUAGUAGAAAUUGAAGACACCUGCGUUUACGAACAGUAUUUCUGUCAGUUUCGUUAACGGUUUCAGUUGCUUGGACAAAUAUAUCAGAAUAAAUUUACAACUGCACUGUAGGUCAGGGUUUCUGUGCUUUUGAAAGAAGAGGGCAUAUCUUGUUUUUAUUUUGGUUGUACUUUCCUUUUCUAAUUUUAUAUUUUUUUGAAACUAUGAAGCAUUUGCAAUUUGUGCUCGUCUUGGCCAUCGCGGUCAACGUGUGGGAAUGUGGGGACGCAAAGUUCGGAGAGAGGGGAGAAAUGACCUCCAGGAGGAGAAGAUGUUACGACGGAAGCCUGCCUAAGCGGCUGAAGAAAAGGGAGCGAAAAGUGUUGCUUGACGGCAGCAGCGGAGAAGUUUGCCACAGGUUGUACCCUCGUGUGUCCUGCUGUCCCACCAGGAAAGCCGCCUAUCAGAUCCUUCACCGCAGGGAUGCCAGGAUUUUCUCCACCAACAACACAGAAUGUGGACGUCUCCUGGAGGAGAUCAAGUGUGCUCGCUGCUCCCCCAAUGCCCAGGUGUUGUUCCACUCCUUGGACAUGGAUAGGAUGCCACACAGGGAGCCAGACCUUCCGUGGCUCUGCCAGGACUUCUGCCGCGAGUUCUAUUAUACCUGCAGGGGGCGCAUACCAGAACUGUUCCAAGCCGAUGUGGAUGAGUUCUGCCAGUACUAUGGGAGGAGAAGUGCCAGUUUAUGCUUUCCAGAUUUUCUACGAAGGCAGCCUUUUGGGCAAGAUUCCAACUAUUUGGAAGAUGAGAAAAUAGAAGAUAUCAGCAGGAAACACAAACACAACUGCUACUGUGCUCAUGAGGUUUUGAGUGGCCUGAGACAACCGGUUGCUGUGGUGCACUGUGGUGAUGGCUCUCAGCGGCUUUUUGUCCUGGAGAAGGAAGGAAUUGUCAGGAUACUCGACCAUAACCUCAAGCUCAUCAAGGAGCCCUUCUUAGACAUCCACAAGCUGGUGCAGAGUGGCCUGAAGGGUGGAGAUGAAAGGGGUCUACUAAGCCUGGCAUUCCACCCCAAUUACAAGAAGAAUGGCAAGCUCUACGUCUCCUACACCACCAACCAAGAGCGGUGGGCCAUCGGACCACACGACCACAUUCUCCGUGUGGUUGAAUACACCGUUUCAAGGAAAAACCCAAACCAGGUGGACACCAGGACAGUCCGUGUGCUAAUGGAAGUGGCAGAGCUGCACAGGAAACACCUAGGAGGUCAGCUUCUGUUCAGCCCUGAUGGUCUGUUGCACAUCAUUCUGGGAGAUGGCAUGAUCACUCUGGAUGAUAUGGAGGAAAUGGAUGGACUCAGUGAUUUCACAGGAUCUGUCCUAAGGGUAGAUGUGGACACCGAUAUUUGUACAUCAGCCUAUUCCAUACCACGGGACAAUCCCUACUUCAACAGCACGAAUCAGCCACCUGAAAUUUUUGCACAUGGAUUACAUGACCCAGGCAGAUGUGCAGUGGAUCGACUUCAGACCGACAAUGGGAGUCUUGUUAUCCUCUGUACAGAUGCCAGUGGUAAAAACACAUCAGCUGGAAGAAUUUUGGAAAUUACUAAGGGAAAGGAUUACGAACAUGAGCCAUCUGUCUAUGACCUGCAGUCCAGUGGAGGUGCACCACCUGUGGGUGGCUUCAUCUACAGGGGCUGCCAGUCUAGAAGACUCUAUGGCAGUUAUGUGUUUGGUGAUAAAAAUGGUAACCUGCGGAUCCUUCAGAAAUCUGUAUUUUCAACAUCAGCAAGUGACGAACAUUGGCAAGAAAAGGCUUUGUGCCUGGGAUCAACUGGCUUCUGCAGCUCUGUCCUUGUUGGACACAUCUUAGGUUUUGGAGAAGAUGAACUAGGUGAAGUCUAUAUUAUAGCAAGCAGUAAAAGCAUGGCACAGUCACACAGUGGGAAACUCUACAAAUUGGUAGACCCUAAAAGGCCUUAUGCCCCCAAGGAGUGCCAGCGUCAGGUGGAACCACCAGAGCUGCUGAUGACAGCUUGUUCCAGACACUGCAAGAAUGGACACUGCACUCCUACUGGCAAGUGCUGCUGUAGCCCUGGCUGGGAGGGACCCUUGUGUCGAAUUGCCAAAUGUGAACCAGCCUGCCGCAAUGGAGGAGUGUGUAUAGAGCCCAACAAGUGCCUGUGUAAGAGUGGCUACUCUGGUGCUCAGUGUGAGAAGAGUGAGCGGGGCCUGCCCAAUGACCAGGAGAGAGACGGCAUUCUGGACCACAUUAUUGACAUGACCUCAUAUCUCUUAGACCUGACCAGCUACAUUGUAUAGGGGAGUGCAGAGGGGGAUUUCUCCCCACUGCAAUCUCAUGUUAAAAACAAAUCUACCUAUCACCACCAGCAGACUCUUAACAAGGUGUCAUUAAUGCCAAUGUCCCCCAUCCCCACACAACCAUGCACACACCAAUGCCCAGAUACACACAGGAUCCCUGUCAGAUUACUUGGAUCCACAUCACCAUACCAAACUUUUCUUCUCUCACCUAUAAGCUAUUUGCUCUUGAGCACCCGGCCUGGCAUCCAAGCCGUGUUCACAAUUCAAAGAGGCCUGCAGACAUCUGUGAGUUGAUUGACGAGCAAGUUAUUGAUUGACCAAGUUAUGGAAGUUCCACUAAGACAUUUCCUCACAUGCCUAGGGUUGACUCCACAUGAACAGAAAUGGACUAUUCUAACCCAAGACUGGAUCUUAUCAGGGGCCGUCUGUUUGCCUUUUAUAUGAACAUUCAAAACUAUAAGGAACGACAUGGCUCACAAGCUAAUUCAUGCUCAUGGUCUAUCAGUAAUACAGCAAAAUAUGUCUACAUACUAAAGUCUGCAGGGCUUUGUGCUAUGCUGGUUUAAAGGCACUAAAAGAAAGAUCAAGUCGUCCCAUCUGUGAUUGCAUUGGUCAAAAACAAAGAAAACUGUACACUUUCCUUUUCAUCAGAGGGUGGUUAAAUACAUGAGAGUAGAAACGACUAAGUGAUAAGAAUGUCCACUUUACUACAAUCUGAAUGGAGUCUCUGGCACUGUAUUCAUUUUUUUGUUUCAGUUUAAAGGUCAAAAUUAAUUUGACACUUGUAUUAAAAGCAGAAUCAGUAGUUUUACUUUCACAUAUACACACUACAUUAUUACAGGUAUGGUUUAACAAACUCCUUUCAUUGUGUCACACACUGAAACAAAAGUCCGAAUUCAGAACUACAAAGGGAAGUGAGAGUGCAGUGAUGUAUAUUUCCAAUAGAGCUUACCUAAGUACUACUUAGUAUGGCAAAAAAAGCUAUAGCAUUACUAUUGUUAUCAUAGAGGAGGGUUUAUUUUUUUAAGCGUAAUAAUAUAUGGGAGAAUAUGGUGUUUAUAGAAGGCAGUUUUACACUAAGCUUGUCAGGUCAUGUCAUUUCAUGUUGUACUUAUACAUAUUGCAGCUUUUAUGAAAUACAUGUAAGAACUUUUUUUUCCCCAUUUUACUUUUUUCUUCAGUGUAAAAGCCAUGCAUGUAUGUGCCUGCAUAGAGUAAUUCAGAGCAGUUGGCAAAGUCCAUCUAACUUUUAGUCCUUACAUAUGGUUAUAUUACCACUGUCAAAAAUGUGUCUCUGUUGUGAGAUGAUCAAAGAUCCUGUUGGACCUCAAAGUCACUGUAGAAGCAGAUCUUAUCCGUAGGGAGCAGAUUUCAGAUUAUCUUGAAGAAAAAAACCAAGAUGAAACCCUCUAAUGACCAUCUAAUUCUUACAUAUUGUCAGAAAGCAGGCAGGGAUUGCCUGAAGCUACAUUAGUGCGUGUGUUUUCUGAUGCCAGACUGAGGUCCAUACAUACAGCACACAUACAUAUACACCUGUAUUCUUUCGAGUCAGUAAUCAAUAGUGUCAACAGACCCACCAGUUCUGUGUGUUAGUUCAAACAUAAACACUUUCUUUCCUACAUAUACUUUGGGAAGCAAGUUUCAAGUAUCACAGUAAAUUGAAGUUCUGCAUCUGUAAAUUAAGUAUUUGUUGUUCAUCUCCUGCUUCUCUUGUGUUUGCUGAAAUAGAUGAACUCUGCCUGGGUUUAAUAUAUCAAAAUAAAAUUCAUGCUGU